AAGAACAUAAAAAUGUUACAUGUGAACUAACCAUUUACACUAUGUCACGGACCCACAUACAGGCAGUCACACAUUAACACCAAUACUCAACCCCAAUACAACUGGACACUGAAUGCUGUGAUAUUGAGGUGCUGCAGUGCCACACAGGUGUCUAGCUCUUUGUUCGCGUGUGGUGCAGGUGAGCACGUGCCAGCGCACAGCACAACCUGUUGAUCUCUACGGAGGCAGGCAGCAGGGGGUUCUGCGCAUGCGCGAGCGCCUUGCGUCCUGCAUCACCUCGCUAUAUGAGACCGGGCGCGGAUACAGAUGCAGUUUUCUUGAACAGCCGCACAAAUGGAUGGAACUGAAACGAACCGGAGAAACUGCGCGAAAACGGAGCAACAGAAGAUGUUAGACUCCGGAGGAAACCAAAGUGGAUCUAAGGACAGAGUGACUCUUAAAAAAGAAAUUGGUCUCUUGAGCGCGUGCGCCAUAAUUAUAGGCAACAUCAUUGGCUCAGGGAUCUUCAUCUCUCCAAAGGGGGUUCUAGAUCAUGCAGGCAGUGUGGGGUUCUCACUCAUUGUGUGGGUUCUAGGAGGAGGAAUCUGUGCCUUGGGAUCUCUUUGCUAUGCCGAAUUGGGCGUCACCAUCCCCAAAUCAGGUGGAGACUACUCAUACGUGACUGAGAUCUUCGGGGGACUGGUGGGAUUCUUGUUGCUGUGGAGUGCUGUGUUGAUCAUGUACCCAACAACUCUGGCUGUGAUUGCGCUCACCUUCUCCAACUAUGUGCUGCAGCCUGCCUUCCCUAACUGCCUGCCUCCAUACAUCGCCACCCGGCUCCUCUCAACCACCUGUGUCAUGUUCCUAACUUGGGUGAACUGCUCCAGUGUGCGCUGGGGGACACGGAUUCAGGAUAUUUUCACUGUGGGGAAACUGCUGGCCCUUGUCCUCAUCAUUGUAGUUGGAAUGAUCCAGAUUGCCAAAGGACACUAUGAUGCAUUGGAGCCCCAGACAGCGUUUGAGUUCAUAAAGGAUCCAUCAGUAGGGCACAUUGCUCUGGCCUUCCUGCAGGCCUCAUUUGCCUACAGUGGAUGGAACUUCCUGAACUACGUCACUGAAGAGGUGGUUGAGCCUCGCAAGAACCUUCCACGUGCAAUCUACAUCUCCAUCCCCCUGGUGACACUCGUCUAUACUCUCACCAACAUUGCGUACUUCUCCUCCAUGUCCCCUCAAGAGCUGCUGGAGUCUAACGCUGUCGCGGUGACAUUUGGAGAGAAGCUGCUAGGAGUGUUCUCCUGGGUGAUGCCCAUCUCUGUAGCUCUUUCCACCUUUGGGGGGAUCAAUGGAUACUUGUUUACAUCUUCUAGGUUGUGUUUCUCAGGCGCCAGAGAGGGUCACCUGCCCUACCUGCUGGCUAUGAUCCACCUUAAGAGCUGCACACCAAUCCCUGCCCUACUCGUUUGUUGUACGGCGACCAUAGUGAUCCUGUGCAUCGGGGACACGCAUAACCUCAUAAACUAUGUAUCAUUUAUAAACUACCUCUCAUAUGGAGUCACUAUAGCUGGGCUGCUGUACUACAGAUGGAAGAAACCCAAACUGGUCCGACCCAUCAAGGUAAACUUGUUGGUCCCUUGCAGCUAUCUAGUGUUCUGGGCAGUGUUACUGGGCUUCAGUCUGUACUCGGAGCCAGUGGUGUGUGGUAUGGGCCUGGUGAUCAUGCUCACUGGAGUCCCCAUCUACUUCAUUGGAGUGCAGUGGAAGAACAAACCACACUGCAUUUCCAGUGCAGUGGAGAGAGUCACCUAUCUGGGGCAGAGGUUGUGUUAUGUGGUCUUCCCUCAGGAUGAUCCUUCUGAAAUACAGCCUCUUACAGAGAAAUCAGAGCUGUGAGCGGACUCCUCGCACUCCUUUUUGGAAUAGCAAAGACCUGUUUUCCAUCCGUUCUCGAGUGUUUUCCUUGUCUGAUGCUGUGCGUGAGGAGAUGCUCUCCAGAAGCUCCUCUGAGACUCAGCCAUCACAGCAGAAGAAAAAGAAGUUGUAUGUUUUCUCGCUCAGACGUCACAUUUCUUAGUUGUAACUGUUCUCCCCUCGCAUACAUUUGAUCGGACAUCACCUUGUUAUUGAACGCACCCUCCUCCUGUCCUGUCGGAGAUGAAUUCCCUUGACCUCUUCAUGUUUUCUCUGGGAGUUGUUCAAUUUUUGAGAACUGUUGGUGUAUUCUUAUGUGCCUUACAGGAUCUCGCUCCGUUUUUGAGGUUUUUAUCUUUACUUUAAGUAGACUUUUUAUUAGUAAUCCCCCUGUAAAUGAGCAGAAGGGGACUUGUUGAAGCCCGUUUACCUCUUAACCCAGUCUGAAAUCUAAACUCCAUUUGUGAGUCUGAACUUUUUCACCUUGAGGGUUAGGCCUUGUCCUCUAGUCCUCCUAAUAAUUACUGACUCCCUCAAGCAAAAACGUAGUAACGUCUAGCUGCGCUCAAAAUGUCUAUGCAAGAAUAGUCUAGGCACUUUAAUUUACUUGCAAAUUUUUAGCUCUUAUUGCACGAUAAACUUAUUGCCUUGCUUCCUAAAUAAGCAACAAUCUCCUGCCACUGUUUAACGGAGGCUCUGCCCCAGCACUUAUUAGCACUGCCAAUCUCUUAACCUUAUGCUAAUGAUAAGAACCAUGGGAAGUUCAUUCUUCUCGGAAUAAUGUUAUUUACAUAAAAGGUGCUUUACAUAAAAAAACAAAAUCCUCUUAGCCAGACACUUUCAACUGUUGUCCAAAAAGAAGAUGAAUGCCUUUAGAUAACCAUGGCAUUUGUCUAUUUUGACUGGGAUGCAUUUAUUCUGGGCACUGACCAUGGACAUUCCACUGAGCUAUGCAACAGCGAUAAUAUCCAUUUCUUCGUUUUAAACUGACCACCAAACCCCCAAAGUCCGUCAAACAGAUUUUGAGAGUUUGGAUCUGAAGGAGUUGUGAUUAGCGAUUUUGCACUUGAACGUCACUCGAGCGCCCUCUUCUGGUUAGAUCUUUCUUGACGCCCGAUCACAACCUUUAUGAACACCCCAGUGCUCUUCUCUUUCCAUGGGUCCAGCUCAGUGUCUCUCACUGAGGUCCAUCAGACUAGCAGUGUUCAUGCUCACAUGGCCCACAGCGGCACGGUACAUUGAAAUUCACAGCACAGUGAAAUCGUAAUGUAAAUAUUGCUUCACGUUUCAAAUAUAUCAGGGAUUCAUUGUGAGAUCGCAUUCCUGACAUUAGUGAAGUGUUAGGCGUAUGUAUUAAUUAUACAUAUGCUCCAUAUUGUAUGCACUAUAGAUAUGUAUGCUGAUGUACUUGUGUUUUGUAAAAAAAAACAAAAAAAACAAUGUUAAAAGGUGUUUAUCAAUAACAAUAUUAGCACAUUAAAUUUAAUUCUGGAAAAGGUCGCAAAUAAUUGUGUGUUACUAUGUGUGUGUUUGAGUAAAGACAUGAGGCUACAUUUGUCGGCCACAUAUGU